AUGUUUAACACUUUUGUCGGUAUCAAGCCCAGCGACUCGUCCAGGGAUCCGUCACAGCGCCGGCGCUCGAUUGUUUCUAAAGCCUGCGUUGAGUGUCGUCGAAGAAAGACCAAAUGUGUUGGUACGCAGCCUUGUACGGGAUGUCUGGCCUGCAAGGUAGAGUGCGUCUUCCGGAAUAUCGACGGAGAGGCAGAAAGUAAGGCGCCCAAUCAUUGCCCCACGGAUUCUGGGAUAGAAUUGACCUCGAACAGAAGCCAAAAGCUGCUUAAUAGCCACCUGAACAAUGCGCCCAAAGAUGAUUACAAAGCCGUGGUGGACUUACUGUUCCCCAUCACCCCAAUUCAGUCCUUGAAGGGCCUGUCGAGGGAAGCGCUGUUGGAGCGCGCCAAGGCAGAAUGCGACUUUUCGCCGGUCACUAGUAAUGGAAGCUCGUCAGUUGCUUCGCCCGAUAUAAUACUUGGUCCCAGGUCAUUACCAGACGUGGAGACAAACAGCCGACUGCAGAAGCUGCAAUGUCGCGACUCUGCCAAUGUAUUCGAGUGGGAUGAAACUUGCCCCUGGUCUCGACCGUGUGGCGAGGACGAUGUAAAUGCCCUUGCACUAUCUCAAGACCGAAAGUCUUCCUUCGUGGGGAUAUCUUCCGUUGCUGCUGCAGUGCGGGCAUUAGCGAGCAACAUUCCAAUACAAAUCGACGAAAAGCCCGACUUCUCGAGAAGUGCGCUGGAAAAACCAGUUCCGAUCAUGGCGACCUCACCAUACAGUCGAAUAUCGUCAUACAGAGAGGAGCAACGCCUGAUCGAUGCAUACUUCGCCGAAAUUCAUGUAUUUGCGCCAAUUAUCCAUGAACCCAGCUUUCGGAACAAGUAUUUAACAAGCCGUGAUGAAGAUGAUCGAUCAUGGCUAGCCUUGUUAAACAUGGUUCUCGCGUUGGGUAGCGUGGCGUCCUGUCCUGGAGACUCGACACAAGAUUGUGAAUACUACCACAGAGCCCAACAGAACUUGUCGCUUGAGAGUUUUGGAAACGGGCGGCUGGAAACUUUACAAGCCCUUGUUCUCAUGGGUGGACAAUAUCUCCACUAUCGCAAUCGUCCAAACAUGGCAUCGGCCAUCAUAGGUGCAUGCUACCGAAUCGCAGGCGGUCUUGGACUACAUCUUCGACACGAACAGGACUCGACCGGGCCCAGCGGCCUCCAGGACGAAGUCAACAGGCGGAACUGGUGGACAAUCUAUGUGCUUGAUACCUGGGGCUCUGUUACCCUAGGGCGGCCAUCGGCCGCAAUUGGCAGCGUAAUCGACCCACCGCGGAACGUCCUUGAUGACCAUCGCGGCGAGCUUCUUCCCACGGAGCCAACCGUCCUCUCCCCUCUGAUUCACAACAUCGAUCUAUGCAAGAUCAUCAAUCACAUUCACGACCGGUUCCUCGUGCACUCCGUUCUGGAUUAUGAUGAAAUAUGCUAUUUCGAUAACCUACUCAUUUCCUGGUUCAAAGCCCUCCCAUCUUUCCUUCGCAUGCCUGAUCCAAACGCGGCGGACCUCCAAGACGCACGCCUCGUUCUCAAAUGGAGGUACCAAAACAUCCGGUUUCUCCUCUACCGCCCCGUCCUGCUCGAUACUGUUAUUCGGAAGGUGCCAUUCGACAGUUUAACUGCACUCGAAAAACUCCUUGUCUCAAAAUGCCGAGAGAUCGCAGCCGAGUCAAUCGUCAGUAUCCAGACAGAAUGGCGCCCCACAAAGAUCUGUUGCUGGAACUCUCUCUGGUUUCUGUUUCAGGCAUGUCUGAUCCCUCUGAUGGCUUUGGCGGUCGAGCCCACAGAAAGCCCUGGCUACCAAAGCUGGUACCACCAGGUUCAGCUCGGAAUUGCGGUCUGCGAUGAAAUGUCACAAUUUAGCCCUGUGGGUUCCCGGACAAAGAACUUCCUAGAGAAGCUUUUCGUGGCGGUCAUAGAGAGCACGAGCUCGCAGUCUCAAUACCACAUAAACGCCGAGGGACAGAUGUCGUGGGAUGCCAUUAUGGGGUUCCUCAAUGGCCCUGCCGAGUGGGAUCACGCCGAUGGGAACACCUUUUUCGCCCAGCUGGACCAGGCGGGCGCUUCGUACAUUGAUGACCCUGUAUUUCUUCACUCAUACCAGCCAUACUGA